UGGCUACCAUAUAGUGAUAAACGGAUAAGUGAUCUUACAGUGUUACAAGGACGGUCUGACGAAGAUAAAAUAAAUUCUAUAUAAAUGUGACAGUUUUAUAGUUAUGUACGGAAUGCAAGCUUCAUAUUCUUGCUGCAUUCUCGUCUGGAUUAUUUAUUGUUUUUCGUCAGUUCAUUCUUCGUUGUAUGUCGUCUUAUCGCACAAUGGUCCCGUUGUGUUAGAUGGUACGAUUACAAUCAAAGCAGAUUUAUACAAAUCAGAUGGAUCCCGACCAUCUGGUUCAUUCAGAUAUGUAUGGACCGAUGAUGCUCUUAUACCUCAUAGAAGUCUUGUAGCGAAUACAGUGAAUACUACCACGUAUUGGAACUUGAGUUACCCCCGAGAUAAAUAUUCUGUAGGAACUUAUAAAGUCGAAGUAAUAGUUUAUGUAUCUUCUUUUUUCUUUUGGCAUAAUGAAACCAGUAGUCGUAUAAGUUUUGAAGUUACAUCACUUCUUAAUGGCAACUUAACAGUAUCUCAAGCAAAUAAGACAACAAGUGAAGAUUUUGUUUCAUCUUCAUUGGAAACACAAUUCAGUAUAAAUAUACGUGAAGGAGAUUAUAAUUUUAUAAAAGAAAAUGCAACGUCUGUAUCGACUUACUGGUUUAUCGAUUGUAAAAGUUACGGACAAACUAAUGAUCUAAAUUUUGUUUAUAAUUUUACAAACGUUGAUGUGUCUCAUGGUAUCGCAGCUUUGGUUAUUGCGUCGUUCGAACCUAUUAAAACCACCACAACUACAGUCACAACUACUACUGUACCAUCUUUAAAUUUGACUUCAAAUACAUCUUUAAUAAAUGCCAAUGCAAGUACUGCUCUAUCGACAACUACAAUAUCGCCUACAACUAUAUCACAUAUAAAUGCAACUCAAGCAACAUUGAUGACAAAUGCACCUACAAUUAAUUCAAUUAUGCCAAAUCAUAGCAACAUUUCAUUUCCAUACAUAUGCCUCAAUACGUCUAUCAUACCUAUGGAUCCUAAUAAAACAUAUGGUUAUUUUAUGAAGAAAAUUUUGGUUAGAGCACCGAUAACAAAUAUUACAAUCAAGGGUACUGAUUGGAUUCAACCCUGGGACAUGUUGUCUCUUAAUGUAACUUGUAAUGGUUCAGGACCAUUUUAUAAAUGCUUCGAAUUUCAUCAAGGAAAAUAUAAUGUAACUGGUAAUGAGACGUGCGAAUACACUGAUCAACUACAAUCGUGUAAUUUUUCUAUCGUUCGUUAUUUCUUUGAACCUACCGAAUAUACAAUUUUGGUUAUAUUAAACAACGACGUCAGUAAACAAAUUUAUCCUAAAACUAUAACUGUUUACAAAGUAACACCAAAGCCACAGCUCUCGGUAAUAGUCGUUCCUGUUUCCUGUACUCUUGUUGCUGUUGUUCUAAUAGUUUUUGGUGUGGCAUAUUACAUCCAAAGUAGAGCGAGAUUCACUGUUGAAGUAGCGGAUUUUGACUUUGGCCAGAAUAAUCCAGAGAUGGAAUAUAAAACGUUUACAGAACGAUUGCGGGAUUCAUUUAACAAUGCUGUAAGACCAGAAAGCAAAUAUUUAUGUGUACGAGCGCCUCAUUAUGGCAGCAUGAACUACAAAUAAAUAUCAAUUGCAUCAUUUAAUGCAACUACUACUAUUAACAAUAAAAGGAUACAAACCGCUUAAAAAUUCGAAUGCUUUACAAACAUAACAUUUGUAAAAGAGACAUGUCGUCAAUACAAACUUUACAAGUUUGUAAGGAGUACUUUUAAAGUUGAAAGCAAGUGUACUUCUACAAUGAGCCAUGAAGUCCAAGAAACGAUGAGGUUUGUUAAAUCUUAUGCAGCAGUAUUUGUAGAUACUAAGCUGUUUCGUAUUCAAAUUACUACAUCAUUAUUCACUGUAAUCAUUGUGAUCAUUCCGGAGAUGGAUCUGAAAAAAGAGAAAAGCCAAAAACAUGACAUCAAGAUUAUUGGCACGAAUAUA